CUCUGCAUGGCUGGUGAGGGUCAUCGUCUCCAUGCGGUUUCACUUUAGUGCACUGAACUAGGAGAUAGUAAGUGGGAGCCCUCUUCUGAUAGGUUUAGGGUCUGUUAUUCUCUGACGGCUCGUGCCGCUUCUUCCUUACGGUUUUUGGGCUGUGUGGCAGGGUUGGGUUGGGGAUGGAUUGCUGGAGGCGAUGUUGUUGCUAUCCAUAGUGCACCGUAGUGCCUUCGUUGUGUUUCUUGUGAUGGAGAGAGGGCCCUUGCUCGACUGGCCAUUCUGAUUCCUUUCCCACUCCACUUAGUUUCUCUAAUAGUAACCGGUUGACCUCAUAGUCUGUUCAUCGUAGGAUAUAAAUACGGCUUUAGAUCCUGCUUUGUUUUUUUCUUUUCCCUUCAGUACUACUCCAAAGACAUUCGUUCUCAACCACUUGAUUGAUAACUUUCAUACCAAACCAUCUACUUCUUCUCUAAAUCACUAUCAUCUUUAAUCAACUACCAUCAAAAUGAAGUUCACCCUCGCUUCCACCCUCCUCCCCCUCCUGGCCGCCGCUGCCCCCGCCCAGCAGCGCGACUCCAACUCUUCUACUCCCUCUACCUUCGGCAUCAUGUCCGCCCGCUCUGGCUCCCCCAUCCACCUCCUCCCCUUGAACGCCAACAGCGGCGGUUUCUACCUGGGCGGAAACACCUCUUCUUACUGCCCCAUCUCUUCCGGCUGCCCCGCUGGUACUGAGACCGUUUUUGCUGGUGAUGGCUCUGCUUUGGACGUCGAAGUCCCCGGCGGCCAACAAGUCUACGUCGCCCCCAGCGGUGCCCUGACCUUCACCGUCCCUCACUCGGCCUACAUCCCCGCUGGCUCUUCCACCGGCCCCUUCAAGUACACCCCCGGCAAGCCCUUCGGCACCUGGACUUUCACCGGUGCCGGUGCCACGGGCUUCAUGGCUUGCCCUGACGAGGGUAACAAGUGGCAGGUCUUCGCUUCUACGAAGAAUGCUACCGUGCCCAGUGGCAAUGUUGCUGAUUGCUUGGGCUUUGAUGCCCUGGCUGUUGCUACUAAUGGUUCGGUUGCUGCUUGGGAGUAUAUCUAAGCUGGUAGUAGUACUUUCUGGUAGUGCUAGUGUGCUAGUGUGGGGUAGAAGGGGGGAUGGGGUAUAUAGUUGUGGUGAUGUGUAUAUAGAGUGAAAUAGUAGGGGUUGUGGUUGUGGUUUGUGUUUAUUUAUUAAUGGUUGUUUUGUAUAUGUAUGUAUGUUAAUGUCUUUCAAUGAUUUGUUGAUGUUGUGA